GUUAUAAAAUGCAUACACACACACACACACACACACACACACACACUUCCUGUAAAACUUUAUCACUAUUUUCCAGUGUUUGAAGAGAGAGAGAGGGAGUGUUAGAUGAAGAGAGCAGUCAUGCAUCUCUUUCUCUUAUUUCUGAGGGUAGUGUUUGUCAUUGGGUGUUUCUGCUAUCACUGUGCUUUAGCAGAUCCCCUCAUCACCAAGCACCACUCAGAUCUUACUACUACUUCUGCUACCACCACUACUGAAGAUGAAGCAAGUACCACACAGGUCUUGCCCACAUCACAAACUCCACCGGUACCACAACAAGUCCCUGAGGAGACUGUUAGUUCACCGUCACAAGCAAUCUUGGGAAGUACACCUAUUUCAAGAACAAGUACUGUCACAAAAGAAGCAUCAGAACUGACCACACCACUUGCAGAUGUAUACAAAGGAAAUGUUACAGUCUCCCCUGAAGUUAAAUUAGAAGCCACAACUAUAUUUCCUUCUCUUCUGCCUCCUACUACUACUACUGCUACUGAACAAAUAUCUGGUAAAGAAUUCUCCUCAUCACUACCACCUGAGGCUCCUAAACAGACAUCGCAAGAGACGAAGCACACAACCCUAUCUCCUGCAUCUUGGCCUGUUAAUUCAAGUCUGCUUAUCCCACACUUAGUGACUGCCAAGGAUCCUGUCAAAUAUGCUGUAAUUUCUCCUAUGCCCACUACAUCAACUAAUAUUACUACUGAUGGUGAUAGUGAUAGUGAUAGUGAUGGUGAUACAAUGCCAGUGACAGGACAUACUGCUAAUAGUGAAACUUCCUAUCAUGAGAUUUCACAGUUGUUUCCUGUUUCUGCUGUUCCUACUGGUGUUGGUACUCCUCCUCCUCCUCCACCUCCUCCUCCACCUACUCCUACUACUAUUACUACUACUACCUCUACUGCCACCACCACUACUACACCAUCUUCUAUUACUUCUAGUACUACCACACUUCCUCCUCCUACUACUACAACUCUUGCUACUACUACAAGCACAUCACCAACCCUUCCUCCUUCUACUACUACUACUACUACUACUGCCACUACACCAACUACAGUUAUCACUUCAGCUGCUACUACUACUACUACUACUACUACUACUACUACUACUACUACUAUUACUACUGCCACCACUACCACACAGUCCCCUACCAUUACCACCAUCACCACUACCACAGACCCCAAAACCACCAUUACAUCAACCAACGUGAAUGCUGGCAAUAAGGGUGUGCCACAGACAACACCACUACCAUCAUCACCACAAGAUCCUCUGCAAAUGGCCAUCAUAAUCUUGUUUUUAGUCUGUGUCUGUUCCUUUGUUGCCUUUGCAUGUUGGAAGAGAAGGCAGUGGAGGAGGACAAGUAACAGUCAGACAAGCACACCGAUAAUAAUGUCAGAUGUCUGGAUUCCCUCUGAUGACAUGAUUAUUGGUAGAUCAAAGUCUCCAGCAACUCUGAGUAUACAUGAAGCCACUGAGUGCUUUGAGGAUGUGCCCAGAGAUAGUGUUGGUGAAGUAGGUAAUGAUAUGCCUCGGUGUCUCACAACUUUUAAUAGUAAUCAUUAAAAGUGUUUUGCUUUGCCUCAUUGGGAGAAUUAGGGUAGUUCAUAAGACUGUCCCUUUCCACCAGGGGGCUGACAUGGCUGAGAGUGAAUGAUUGUGUGUGUGUGUGUGUGUGUGUGUGUGUGGUGCUUUG